AACACCUCUGCCUCUGCCUUCAGGCUGCACCACUUACUUCACUCGGGACUCUACCUUCACAGGAUCCCCCCCAUCUCCGAAGCUCAGCUUCACCAUCGUACCUCCUACCGCCACUCCACUACCUCCCUACUUCGGCCGGCGUUCGCAUUUGGGGCGCAGCAGCUGAAGCUUACACCGUCGCCUCCUACACGCUCCUCCAUCACCCACUUACCCUGAUUUGAUUUGCGCCCUUCUCUCUGCGCCAGUGCCCACACUCUGCCCUCCCUCAACCGAGCCCAGGUGGAGACCGCGGCGACAGCGGAGACAGCAAGGAGGCGCAGCACGCCACCGCACCGCUCCCACCACACACCACCAUUAUGCACAGGAUUAAGCAUGCCGCGCGAAAAUCCGCUUGGCACAACGAUCCCAGCGACCCCAAAUACUCCACCUACAAUCCUUUCGGACGCAUGAACACGAACCCACGAGCGCGCGCCGCAGGGGAUGAGGAAAAUGGGUUGCGACAGGUGCAGAGUGCGCCGCACGCCUCGUCGCCUGUGGACACCCACGGCAAGUCGAUGGACAACGGGCCGCAACAAACACAAUACCACCACAACACCUUCCCCAUGACGGCGGAAGACGAACACGCAAACCAGCACAACAGAGGCAUCGAGACGUUUCAGAAAAGCACGCCCUCGGAAAAGGCCAAUUCGGGCCAGACGGACACGGUCCCACCGAGCACGAUCGCCGAGUCCGCUGGACCUGCCAGCACCGAUGGCAAACCCAGGAAACGCAAGCUACGUGCCUUUCUGCCCUUUGGCAAAGGAAAGCAUGAGGAAGAUGAGGAGCUCGCGCGCAUGAACACGGAAAAGUCAGAAAAGUCCAAAAAGAAGCGCCCCAAGCUCAGCCUCAUGAGCCAGGUCAAGGCCGUCUUUGGCUCGUGGAUCAACAUUCUUCUCGUCUUCGUCCCCGUGGGAAUUGCACUCAACUAUGCUCUGCCUCAUGGCGAGGACGCCCCCAAGACCAAUGGAAUCAUCAUCUUCGUCAUGAACUUCAUCGCCAUCAUUCCGCUCGCCGCGGUGCUGUCGUACGCCACCGAGGAAUUGGCCAUGUAUAUCGGAGAGGUUCUGGGUGGCCUCCUCAACGCAUCCUUUGGAAAUGCCGUCGAGCUCAUUGUGAGCAUCAUUGCCCUCAUCCAAGGCAAAGUGUUGAUCGUGCAGACGUCACUGAUCGGCAGUAUGCUUUCGAACUUGCUGCUGGUCCUGGGCAUGUGCUUUUUCUUUGGUGGUAUCAACCGAUCCGAGCAACACUUCAACAUUACCGUCGCGCAGACUGCCUCAUCUCUCCUGGCCCUUGCCAUUGGCUCUCUGAUCAUUCCUACUGCCUUUGGUCUGUUCGCAAAUGGAACGGGCGUGCCCACCACGGAUUCGGGAGUGACACAAGCAUCGCGCGGCACUGCAGUCUUGCUUCUCGUGGUCUAUGGUGCCUACCUCUUGUUCCAGCUCAAGACUCACCAGAGCAUGUACAACGAGCCCUCGAAGAAGACGCCGAAGCGCUCUACCGGCAGGAAGGAUGCGGGUGAAGCCAACAAAGCAAUGGCUGUCAUGGGCGCUGCUCCUGGUGCCGCCUCUGCCGGUGGGCGAGUGAACGCAGAGAACCUCAUCCACGAAGAGGAAGAAGAAGAGGAGACGCCUUCGCUCAGUGUCAUUGGCGCCAUCAUCACGCUCCUGAUAGCGACCGUCUUCAUCGCCCUCUGCGCCGAGUACAUGGUCAGCGCCAUCAACGCGGUCGCCAAGUCGGUCUCCCAGGAGUUCAUCGGACUGAUCCUACUGCCGAUUGUGGGCAACGCAGCGGAGCACGCCACCGCAGUGACGGUCGCCAUCAAGGACAAGAUGGAUCUCUCCAUCGGUGUUGCGGUGGGAAGCUCGCUGCAGAUUGCCCUCUUGGUCCUGCCCAUCAUGGUCUUGCUCAGCUGGUUCGGCGUGGGCGCAAAUGUGGAUCCUCCCAACUCGACGCUGAACCUCGACUUUGAUGGCUUCCUCGUGGUCGUGCUGGUCCUCUCCAUUUGGCUGGUCAACUACCUCAUCAACGAUGGCAAGUCACAUUGGUUGGAGGGUGUCAUGCUGAUGAUCACAUACCUCAUUAUUGCCAUCAGCGCGUGGUUCUACCCCGUCACGGGAGAGGUCGCCGGGUGAAGAGACGACGGAUUCUUUUGCAAUCAUAAUUCCAUAUACACGUCCCGACAGACGACUCCCGCCAAGCACCAGCUUUGGCGUGGGCCACAAAGCCGCUCCUGGCGCGAGCACUCCGGCGUCGAGCGAACGCUGUGGUGGAGUGCAAUCGCUUGGUACAGAGCGCCCUUUUCAUCCGUGUCGGCACAUGACUUUUCAAAAGGCAUGCCGACUUCAUGCAUACGUCCGCGAACGGGACACAUGGUUUUUUUACUACCUUUUCCCUUGUAACCAGACAGCAAGAUCUGCCGCCACAGGCUGGCGAAACAUCCCAACAUGGAGGGGAGGCUUUUUUUCUCGUAGCGUUUUGGUAUGUGUGCAAGGACACCAUGAACAGAACUUGGCACAUUGGCGAGGUGGCGCGCACAUGGGGGUGGAAGGAAACCACUUACACACUUCAAACCUACCCAAUCGAUGCGAAUUCGGUAGUUGUAGUAGUAGUAGUAGUAGUAGUAGUCGUAGUCUAGUGCAAAUAGGGCACUCUACCUGACUACUUUCAUUGUCGAAAUGACAGUGAUCAAGAUCAAGACUGCAUUUUAUACAUUGUUGUAGAAAAAAAAGUCUAUCUUGGGGAAGAAAAG